AUGUCAUCGUUAAAAAAAUGCGAUGACGAAUUCGAAUUAUUGAAGUCCGAUCUACGUCAAAUCGAUCUCUACAGGGAUACUCCAAUAAGGUAUUUAGGUUAUGCUAAUGAAAUUGGAGAAGCAUUCCGGUCGAUGCUUCCAGUUAAUGCCGUACGAGCAACUUACGUUGUAGCUUUAGGAUAUGCCUGCGCAGAUGCUCUCGAUAAAAGUAAUAAGGCAUACAAGUUGUAUAGGAACAAUCCUGAAAAGCGACGUACAAAAGUGGCGAUAGCCGCUGGAGACACAUUUCUUUGGCAAGCUUUAGCCUCAGUGGCUAUUCCUGGCUUUACCAUCAAUCGGAUCUGUCAUUUUUCUACUGCCAUUUUAAGCAGGUUCGUUCUCUUUUUUGUUCUUCUUCAAUGUUGUUAUUGA